UGCCAGCAAAAUCCUGGUACAAAACAUCAAUGAGCACCCCGGACUGUCAGUGUUGUGGCUCCUCUGAGAGGAUAUGUGCUGAUGCUCACUACUUAGUACAGUAUUCAUUCAUUAGAUUAGGGAAAUGUAGUUUAAGUGAUCGUAAGUUUGAUUUCUACUAGUUGGAUUACUUGAACUACUGGCACAUCAACACUCCAUGUUUUAGUUGGCAAAUUUCUUGCAGAAAAAUUGGCAAGCAAACAGAUUGUUCCUGCACCCAAUAAUACCACAAGCUCUGCGGUGAAGGAUUGGGUCACAGUUAACAGCAAGUGAUGGAGAAGUACUUCACCCCAGUACAGGGGACCAGAGACCACAGGCACAGCAAGCCUGAUAUCCAUGACUGUCAAGACAGGGCCCAUGAGCAUGGCAAGAUGGCUGAACAAAGAAUCCAUCACCACAAACAUCAUAACCAUCACCACCAAUCCCAUUCUCACAACCAGCAAGAGACUGUGUGGACGGGGAAUCAGGAGGAUCAUGGUUUCCCCCAGUCAACAUCAGAGCGCAGCCUUGUCCAUCAACAUCACCAUGGCCGCAACAACCACCGUCACCACCAGAAUGAGUCUCAUUCCGCUCCUCCUGACCAUCAAAAUCGUCAUCACCAUCAUCCACCGUGUCACCAUGAUACAGGUGUGACCUCCCGCCUGCCUGUCGCAGCCACUUCUUCCAACUCUUCCUCGGCAUCCUCAUCAUCCUUUUCCUCGUCUUACUCCUCCUCCUCCUCAACGUCAUCCUCGUCCUCCUGGUCAACCACUGGCUCUUCCUCCACCUGGUCCUCCCAGUCCAGUAUUAAUGAAUCUGUGAUGGAGCACAAACACCCACUGUCGAAGCUCAAGUACUCACAGUCUUGCACCGAAAUCUCCAGGGGGAGGAAGGCCUAUGAUGAGGACGAUGAAGGUGACACUUGUCCUUUGAUUGAUGACGAAGACUGCCUUUAUAGGUCCCCCAGCCAAGAAGACAGUCUGAAAGGGAAAAAGAAAAAAAAAGCAGUGUCUUCGUGUCAGUCCACCUCAGUCCACGUCCUGAAGAAGCAGGGGAGCCUCAAAAGAGUAGGAAUGGUUGGCAAAGUACGCAAGGCCAAAUCAAUGGAGGCACUGUCUCACUGUAAGGACAUGGAUGAGUACGCAGAUACUAUUGUAGACGAGGACAAGUUGGAGAAAAGGAAGGAGGUAGCCAAGAAGAACUUAGUGAAGGAGAAACUGAAGUUCUCUGCAUUUCUGAAUGAGAUCACCAGGCAGGUGCUCAGCCCGUACAGACUAACGUAUCUUGGGGUCACGUCCGCUCAGAGGCCUACUAGCCCCGGAAAAGCCUCCCUGGGAUCUCCCAAGGUCGAGCACAGAGAGAAGGAGCAAAGACAGAAGAGUAUUCGGCCUGAAAGUGGAAGCUCUAUCACCUCCAGUGUCCAAUCCCACAUCAGCAGGUCUCGUUCCAGCAAGCCCUCUCGCUCACAUGUCGUCAAACACCAACACCAUCGACACCAUCAACCUGCAAGAGACCGGAGUUCCAGCAGCCUCUCCAAUGACAGCACUAGCCCAGAAAAUAGCCCCUCUUCCUCAAGACAUCAAUCCCGUUCUUUAACACCCGUACACCAUCAUCACCUGCAUCACACCCAUUCUCUCCCAUCUUCCCACUAUCAUGGAGGUCUUUACAGUCCACAUCCUCACCACAGAGACCACCACAGUUCAAGCCAUUCCAAUCACCAUGGAGACCACAACAGUCCAAAUUAUCCCCAUCGCCAUGGAGAUCCCCACAGCCCAAAGCAUCACCAUAGAGAUCACCGUGACCCAACACAUCACCAUCACCAUGGAGAACACCAUAAUCCAACUCGUCACCAUGGAGACCAUCAGAGCCCAAACCGUCUGCAUCACCAUGGAGACCACCAUAACCCAACCCUUCACCAUGGAGACCACCACAGUCCAACUCAUCACCAUUACCAUGGAGACCACCAUUACCCACCUCAUCACCAUGAAACCCACCACAGCCCAACUCAUUCUCAUCACCAUGGAGAGCAUCAAAGCCCAACUCAUCCCCAUGAACACCACCAUAGCCCAAAACAUCCCCAUCACCAUGAAGACCACAGCCUGUAUCAUUCCCAUAGUGACCACCACAGCCUAACCCACCCAAAUACCCAUCAAGAUCACCACCGCCCAAAGCAUCCUCAUCUCCAUGGACACCACCACAGCCCAACUUAUCACCAUGGAAACCUCAACCCAACUCAUCCCCAUUGUCACAAAUCCCACGACCAUCCUGUCAAACCAGAAUCUCUCCAUUACCACAGCUCCCAUCCAAAAUCUCUUCACCACCAUGGCUCCCAAUCAGAAUCUCUCCAUCACCACAGGUCCCAUCCAAAAUCUCUUCAUCACCAUGGCUCCCAAUCAGAAACUAUACAUCAUCAUGGCUCUCAUCCAAAAUCUCUUCACCACCAUGGCUCCCAAAUAGAAUCUCUCCAUCACCACAGCUCCCAUCCAAAAUCUCUCCAUCACCAUGGCUCCCAGCCAGAAUCUUUACAUCACCACGGCUCCCAAUCAGAAUCUCUUCAUCACCAUGGCUCCCAAUCAGAAUUUCUUCAUCAUCAUGGUUCCUAUCCAAAAUCUCUUCAUCACCAUGGCUCCCACCCAAAGUCUCUUCAUCACCAUGGCUCCCAAUCAGAAUCUCUACAUCACCACGGCUCCCAAUCUGAAUCUCUCCAUCACCACAACUCCAAUCCAAAAUCUCUUCAUCACCAUGGCUCCCAGUCAGAAUCUCUACAUCACCAUGGCUCCCAAUCAGAGCUGCUCCAUCACCACAGCCCCCAAUCAGAAUCUCUACAUCACCAUGGCUCCCAGUCAGAAUCUCUACAUCACCAUGGCUCCCAGUCAGAAUCUCUACAUCACCAUGGCUCCCAAUCAGAGCUGCUCCAUCACCAAAGCCCCCAAUCAGAAUCUCUACAUCAACACGGCCAACAAUCAGAAUCUCGCCAUCACCAUGGCUCCCCAUCAGAAUCUCGCCAUCACCACAACUCCCAUCCAAAAACUCAUCACCAUGACUCCCAAUCAGAAUCUCUACAUCACCAUAGCUCCCAAUCUGAAUCUCUCCAUCAGUUCGGCUCCCAAUCAGAGUCUCUCCAUCACCACGGUCCCCAAUCAGAAUCUCUCCAUCACCACGGUCCCCAAUCAGAAUCUCUCCAUCACCACGGCCACCAAUCAGAAUCUCUCCAUCACCACGACCACCAAUCAGAAUCUCUCCAUCACCACGGCCACCAAUCAGAAUCUCUCCAUCACCACGGCCACCAAUCAGAAUCUCUCCAUCACCACGGCCACCAAUCAGAAUCUCAACACCACCACGGCUCCAAAUCAGAAUCUCAACACCACCACGGCUCCCAAUCAGAGUCUCUCCAUCACCAUGGUCAUCAAUCAGAAUCUUCCCACCCACACUCCCAUUUGGAACCCAAUCACAGUCCUACCCACACAGAAUCACAUCACCCCGAUCACCACCACAAAGCCCAUCACCAUCAACUCUCCCAUUUGGAUUCUCAUAAUCCUUCAGGCACAGAUAUACAUCACCAAGACAACCAACACAGAGACUAUCACCACAGUCCGUCAAGCCAUUCUAAGGAGAACUCCUCUUUCAGAGAAUCAACCACAGAGCUUGAGUCACUGACACAUUCCAGCAAGUCCGGCUCUUCUACCAGCCCCACCAGUCAGGAAGAGCAACAGACAGGCUGCAGCCAUUCAACUACCUCUCUACAUCAAGAAGUAUCCGAGGUUGAUAGAAUAAUGAUGCUCCAAGAGCAGAAUGAGGAUCUGCACCACAGUUUGCUCCAGACUGCUGUGCGGAUGGAGUGCAUGGGGGCUGAGUUUAAGAACAGUCACCAGCUCCUCGAGUCAGAACUACAGAACACACGUGUGGAGCUAAGAAGCCUUCUUGACAAAUUCAAAAGACUGACAGAUAAUUAUUCCUACACUCAACAGACCAAUAACCUCCUGGAGAGGAAGCUUCAUUCAGUGGCUCAGAGUAUGGACGGAGAACGUGAGCACCUGAACCAGCGCAUCACAGCCCUGACAGAUCAGCUGUCCUCUGCCAAGACCACCAUUCACAGCAUGGAGACUAUUAACGUAACGUCAUUGCUGCAGGAAGCUCUGAACAAACAUUUCCACCCAGAUGAUUCGGUCAGUCCAUUCCAACUCCCUGUUGCUCCCCCUCCAGUUCAGUUCAUGGAUAGUCAUCAUUAUGGUAAGGUCACCGCCACAGGGGAGGACCAAUCACUGGGAACAUUGCCAGAAGAAGAGGAAUCUGACUGGUCGGAGAUGGGGGAUGAGUCUCCACAAUGUGUUCUAAGGUCAGGGGUAGGUCGUCAUGGUCGCACAGCGUUUCAUCCGUGGAGACAGGAGCCUGGUCACUGGGCGGGGCAGGGAGAAGGAGACACAGACAGUGAGUCAGGGGGUGAAGAGAUAGUCCGGCGACACCCUCCCCGCUCCGUGCAGAUCCCCCAUCUUCACGUCAGCGUUCACUCAGAAACACUACCAGGCCCCAUAGAUGAGGUCACCCGCUUCAGGAGCUCAGUUGAUGGCCCAGGAGGGGAGAAAAGCUUCAAGGUCAGUGCCAGCCGCAAACUGGGAUCUCCCGCCCGCCUCCUGUCAGCAAGCCUGGAGGAGAUCCCUGCCUCUGUGGGGCAGCAGCACCGACACGAGGAGGAGCGGAGAGGCACAGAGGGCACUGUAGACCACCGCCGCCCGGAAGACGGUCCUGUGGACGACGGUCCUGUGGACGACUCAGAAGACGAGAUCAUCCGUAACUGGAGGACUAGGAGCGAGAACAUGGGUGAGAAUAAAGGUGUGGAUUCCAGGGAGGACAAUCAUGGCAGCAGCUUGGAUAACCUGCAGUCAGCCCAGAAUAUGCUCAACCACUUCAUCUGCCAGCUGCAGCCCGGGGAGGGGGAGGUGCGGGCCUGGACAAGAGGAGUGCCAGAGGAGGUGCUGAAUGGGGAGAGAACAAAGCUGUGACAAUGUCAUCUUUAACAUCCACAUGUCCAGGUGUUCGCUGGGUUGGUGGUUGUUGAAGUAAAUUAAAAGAUGGAACAUGUAAUAUUCACUAUUCUCCGAUGAGUGUGAUGUCUUCAAUAUGAAGCAACACCUUUGACAAAUGUAAUAGUCAUUCCUUUUAUUGUAAUUCAAUUAUUGAUUCAAUCUGAAUUUAAAAGGUUUCUUCAUUUAAAUAAUAGCAGACCUAACUUCCAAUUCACAAUAUAACUAAACAUUCAUUAAUUUUAUAUAGUUUUAAAGCUUUUAAGUAAUUAACACCUGCAAAAAGAGCUGUAAAGGCAAGCGGCCAGUUGGAGAUCCUCAGCUCCACAUUUGGAUAUUUGUGAUAUUUUUCUUGAUUCAUAAUCAAAGACAUGUCCUGAGGUCUUUCUUAGCAGUAUACAGGGAAUGGCUUUGAUGUCCUCCAGAGGUAACAUCAAACAAAACGUAUGUCGCUUUGAUUUCUCCUAUUCCCACUUGCAAUCGCUCUGGGAAACCCUGUGCUAGGCUUCAAUCCCGUCUUAUCAUAGCAGAGCACGGCCGAAUCUCACCCUUGUCUCUGGCUCAUAGAAAACAGAUCCUUUCAGAACCUCUUGUACAUAAUUCAUUAUCCCAGUGUGUUUUUCCCUCAGUGCAUGUUAGAUAAGAGGGUUGUUUCAUUUAAUUUAUGUCCUAAGGUAAGAUGGAAGACAUGUAGAUAGAUGUUGUUUGUCACAUAAAUUAAUUCACUUCCAGACAUAGACAUAAUGUCAUUAUAAUAUGUACAGUGUAGUCAAACAUUAACUAACAUACAAUAUAAAUAGUAUCCAAUGAACGUUCAUACAAUAAAUAGAGAAAAAAACUAUAAAUAAUAAGUAAGUCAAGUUAAAGUUGAUAUAGAUAAAAUAUGAAACAUUCGACACAUUUUGUUUUAUUAAUUGUGUACAUGGAUCUGUGUCUGGUAUGGUACCCACUGCUAGGAGAUGUUAAUUUUAAUCUUCUUGCCUAAAGCAAUAGUUAUUAAUUAAUGGGGAUAUACUCAAAAAUGAAUAUACUCAUCUUCAUGCAUGCAAACUAUGUUUUGUCUCAUAAUAUUGAUAUCCAUGUACAUGCUGUAGUCUCUGUUGAUGUAAUUGCCAAAGCCACUUGACAUAAUGCCAGUCUGAAUAACUGUGUGUUGCAUGCCCCCACCAGGGGCAUGCAACAGUCCAGUGAGAGAUGAAUGAUGUGGAUGAAUGAUAGGCCACCUUACAGUUCUGUUUUAUUUGAUCUGGUCAGCACAGUAAAUACAUUUUAGUGAUUGGUAGAGGCAUAUAGGGAGAGUGAAGGUUCAUCAUGCAUAAUGCUAUUUUCAUCCUAAAUCAGUCAGUGUAUAAACAUGUGAGGAGCACAUUUUGUAGUCAUGACUACUGAUAUGCCCUCUCUUGCCUUCCUUUCAAUCCAUAACUACAUCCUCCAUGGUGCUUCACAGGACGAAUGGCUUAGAUACAGUAUGCAUGAGGUUUAUUGUGUUACACACAGUGGGGAGAACUAGUAUUUGAUACACUGCCGAUUUUGCAGGUUUUCCCACUUACAAAGCA